AGCUACAUGUUGCGGGGACACAUAUGUCGUCCAUAUACAAAACAAUGUGUGUUCCUGGUCACAGUGAGUCCACCUGCUUCCUUCACUUGUGUGCAUGAGAUACAUUCUGAUGAAGAUAUCAAGUACCUGCGCAGCCAGACCUACAAUUACAGAUGGUCAGUCAUGGAUCAUCAUAAGGAAGGAGUAUCUUUAUUCUACAUCUGCUUUUCGUCCUCCAUUGCUGUUGGUCUCUUUAUCAUGACUGCAGCAGUGAUCAUGACCAACAUCAGGAGCAGAACUAAAGAUUUAUCUCAUUUAUGGUCCUACACUUUAAUGACAGAUGCUCCAGUGCCCGUCAUCACAGUGUACCAGCAGAUAGAGGACAGAGAGCAUGUGAUCGUCAUGUGUUCGUUUGGAAAAAGGUUUAUUGAGAGCUCUUUCCAGCUGUCAGUAGACCGUGAACAGAACUACACCCUAAAGAACCCAGUAUGCAUUGCAUAUGAAGUGUGUGUGUUUAACAUCACUGUGAGGCCUCCUGUUUCUCUGACAUGUAUACAUGAGAUCAUUACCUUUAGAAAUGAGAGUUAUCUGCAGAGUGAGGCCUACGUCCUAGAUCAUUAUGAUGGAGUAUCUUCCUCCUACAUUGGCUUUUUCUCCUUCAUUGUUGUUGGUGUCGUUAUAAUGACUGCUGCAGUGAUCAUGACCACCAUUAGGAGCAAUGCAAAAGAUUCCAACGGUGACUAUGUGGAUGUCUGAAUAAUAUUGUGAAUUACUCAAGACAGAAAACAGACAUACAGGAUGAUCUGAUCUGG